AUGGCACCCCUCAUCAAACAUGUCUACACGGCGGACCCGUCGGCACACGUCUUCAAUGGCAGGGUCUACAUCUACCCGUCGCAUGACCGCGAGACGGACAUCAAGUUCAACGACAACGGCGACCAGUACGACAUGGCCGACUACCACGUCUUCAGCCUGGACUCGCUGGACCCGGCGUCGGAGGUCACGGACCACGGGGCCGUCCUGACGCUGGCCGACGUGCCCUGGGCGUCCAAGCAGCUCUGGGCGCCCGACGCAGCGCGCAACCCUGCCACGGGCAAGUACCACCUGUUCUUCCCGGCGCGCGACAAGGAGGGCAUCUUCCGCAUCGGCGUGGCAGUAGGCGACAGGCCCGAGGGGCCCUUCACGGCCGACGAGUCGUUCAUCCCAGGGACAUACUCGAUCGACCCGGCAGUGCUGGUCGACGACGACGAGGCCUCGUACCUCUACUUUGGCGGGCUGUGGGGCGGCCAGCUGCAGUGCUACCAGCGGGGCCACGGCGACGCGGACUUUGACGCCUCGUGGUCCGGCCCCAAGGAGCCUUCGGGCCCCGGGGCGGUGGCGAUGGGGGCCCGGGUGGCGAAGCUGGGCAGGGACAUGCGGACGCUGGACGGCGGGGUGCACGAGGUUGUGAUCCUGGACCCGGAGACGAAGCAGCGCAUCGCGGCUGAUGACCAUGACCGGCGGUUCUUCGAGGCGGCGUGGUGCCACAAGCGCAAGGGCAAGUACUACUUCUCGUACUCGACGGGCGACUCGCACUACCUGUGCUGGGCGGUGGGAGACUCGCCCAUGGGACCUUUUGUGUACGGGGGCCGUAUGCUGGAGCCUGUGCUGGGGUGGACGACGCACCACUCUGUUGUCGAGUUCCCCGAGGGGGGUGACAGGUGGUGGCUCUUCCACCACGACUGUGAGCUCAGCGGCGGGGUUGAUCACCUGCGGAGCGUCAAGGUCAAGGAGAUAUAUUAUGACGGGGACCGUAUUGUGCAGGAGAAGCCGGGACAGUAA